GCUUCCUUUCUCCACAAACUGAACUCGGCGACAUUCCUUCUGUUAAUAAAUCACACUGGUGGGAGUUUCUCUCCGUAUUUAAGAGCUCUCAGCUCAAGAGUUCUACACCAUCACUUCUUCAGCCACAGGGGGUUCGUCUCUGACUGUUCUGCUGGAAUCACUCUGGGUGACUCUGCUGAGAUGGGUGCUGUUGUAGCAGUUGUAGUGGAAGUAAUUAUAACAGGUGUGGCUGCCGCAGCUGAAGCGGCUGCAGAGGUGGCAGUGGAGGUGGCAGCGGAGGCUGCUGCAGAAGCUGCAGCAGAAGCGGCGGCCGAAGUGGCGGCCGAAGCGGCGGCUGAAUCAGCUGCAGAGACGGCGUCCAUCACCGCAGCUGAAAUCGCUCAGAAGGUCUUACUUUACUUAGCCAAAUUCAGCAAACUCGUUAAAGAGAUGGCUGCAAUCGAUGCUGUUUUCAGAGCCAUGAAGGAACUUUUAAAGGAGCUUUGGCUCAACCCUGCGGCUGCUGAGAAGUACCAGAAGCUGGAAGAAAGUCUCAGGAUUUUUAAAAUCCUGCAACAAAAAAUGGAGGAAAUUGUAACGUGGCUCAAAGAGCACCAGGGCGACUACGUGAAACUGGAAGGAGAGGACGUCCCGCUUGAGUCCGGAAUUUUGUCCCAAUUCAUGAAAAAUCUGUCAGCAGCUCUGGGAAACAUGCAGAGACUCGCUGAAGAUAUCAACAAACUGAACCAGACGAGAGAGAUGAUCAAAGACGCGCAGAUUACAACCAUAAACAGGAGUUUGGUGCGAAUCGUGGCCACAUUCGAGUCCCUCGCUGAAUACAGAGAAGAAAAACAAAGGAAAUUCCCCGUGUUAGCGUCGCUUCCCCUCAGCGUGGAUGAAGUGACCGAGUGGAAGAAAGCUCUCGGCUGUGGAGACGGACAUGCUCUAACUCUUUUAGAACAUCCUCAGUACAGAUAUGAGAUGUGAUCUAGAACCUCUCCUUAUUCAGAAAGAUAAUAUUAGGCCUCAUUCACCAAACGUUCUUAGGAAGCAAGUUCUUCUUAAACCUACUUACGCAGUUUUGACGAGAAAUCUGACUCACCAGUGUUCUCUUAUCUGGGGUUUGCUCUUAUGAUAUUGGAGAAUGAGGCCAAUAUAUAACAGCUCUGUUGUUGUGGUAGUGAGGUUCACCAAGACCAGCGUGAGAACAACACAUCAGCCUGUAUAAAACUUAGGCUGAAAAUGUUUUUAAAGCACUGACUAAUGAAUAAAUUAAUUAAAGUGGAACAGUGAUCUGAU